UUGGUGCAGGACGCUCCGAGCCUGGGGGUCAGUCCCCUUUCCCCAUAAAUUUCAUCGUGCUUGCUGUGAGAAGAUCUUGGAAGAGCUUCUGGAGAAUUACUAAAGGAGAGAAUAUUUACCAGGAGUGAGAAAAGAAAAUGGAUCCAGACUUUUUAAAUGUGUUUACCCAGCCUGCUGCACUUAAUCAAUUCCUAGCUGAGAACGUCAUCGCUCAAGGUGAGAAGAAGAAACUCAUAAAACCGACCUCAAGCAACAAUCCCAAAUUGGAAGAAUUAAAACUGUUAUUGAUUGACUGGAUUAACACAACUCUGAAAGAGGAACACAUAGUAGUUAAAAGUCUGGAAGAAGAUCUGUAUGAUGGGCUGGUACUUCAUCAUCUUUUGGAAAACCUAGGAUCUCUCAAGCUGGAUGUUGACAAGAUUGCAUUAACAGAAAAAAAACAGCGUCAGAAACUCUCUGUGAUUCUGGAAGCUGUGGCUAAGCGUUUGCAACUGGAAGAAAGUCAGCUGAAAUGGAGUGUGGAAUCUAUCUUGACAAAGGACUUACUGAGCACACUCCAUCUUCUGGUUGCAAUAGCAAAGCACUUCCAACCCAACCUGGCCAUGCCUCCAAAUGUUCAAGUGGAAACAAUCACCAUUGAGAACACCUCCAGAGGAUUAAAGACAGCAAGUGGGGUGGAAUAUAUCACAGAAAACAAAGAGAAUUUAGAAGCGCAGUCAAAAGAUGAUGCCUUUGAUGAAUUAUUUAGCCGUGCUCCAGAUAAACUGGAUGCUGUAAAAAAGGUAUUUUUGCAAUUUGUCAACCAGCAUGUUGGAAAAUUAGGAUUAAAUGUGAAAGACAUCGAAUCUCAGUUUGCAGAUGGAGUUAUCUUACUUCUGUUAAUUGGACAACUGGAGGGUUACUUUCUGAAUUUAAGGGAUUUCUUCCUGACUCCAGCCAGCACCAUGGAGAUGCUCCACAAUGUUAACCUUGCAUUGGACUUGCUGACAGAUGGAGGUCUUCUGAAUUUUUCUGUGAACUCUGAAGAUAUUGUGAACGGAGAUAUGAAGACUACAAUGCGGAUUCUGUAUUGCUUGUAUUCCAAAUACAAGGCCAAAGAAACAUGAAGAGCAAGGCCAAGAGCUUGGGCUCUUUUUUUUGUCUUCUUUUUUUUUUUCCCUGGCAUGUCAUGGUCUGAUUUUUGGAUUCCCAUCUCUGUUUGCCACUGUUUAUGUGCAUGCACUUGUGUUUGACACUUAACGUAUUAACAUUGUAUAUGCAAGUAUGUAUUUGUGCAAGGUUUCACCUAUACCGCCUGAAUAGCUGUAAGUAUGUGUGUGUCCAGGGCCAGUGUAGUGUGUAAUCCUGUGGCUGUAGCUCUUGCUCCAGCCCUGUCUCUUGUUCUUUCUGAGCCCGCCUAAUGCUGCAAAGAAGUGCAAUGUGUGUUUAUUCUGGACUGUGCAUUCUUUGCUUCUGGAGAUGAAUUUGGAAGCUGUUAUUGCAACCUCCCCACUUCCCCGCUUCUGAUUCACUCGGGAAACUAGGGAGGUGAAAGACCCACCAUGGCAUCUCUGGGAAGACUGCAGACAUGCUUGAAGCUCAAGUUCAAAACCUUCUUUACACAGGUGGCCAGCUGUUGUUACACAAGAGGAUGUGGAUUGGGCACCAAAUGAAUAGGUAGCUGAAAUGAAAUCUGAACUCACCAAGUGUUUGAUAAAACUUUCACCAUUUUGUCUGUUUGAAUAUGGAAAAGGGACCCAGAAUAACAUGCUGGCGUGAGACUGUGCAGUAACAGAGGGGUCUACUGCACAGCUGUGGAAAGUUGCCCUUAUUUCCUUGCUAAGCUAAUGCCAAACUGUGGCCAGCUCCAGCCUGUUGCAGCCCUAACGUUAUAUCUGGCUAGUGGGAAUGCCUAUUCCUGUGUCUAGCAGGUUAUAGGAGCGACCAACACGACCGCGCUUUCUCUCCAGUAGGAGGUUGAUAGAUGUUGGCUUCCUCUGCAGCCCGCAGAAGUAGAGGCUAUGAUGGACGGGAGUAGUGAAACUCUCACCUUCUGCCACUUCUGACAGCAUACUCGUGCUGCAAGGACUCUCAAACCACUCUGAGACUCUCUUAGCUGAGUUUGUCCAGCGACCGUCCCCAAGCAUCCCAGCAGCUCCCUCUGGAUGCAGCAAGGCUAGCCGCAAUUUAUGUUAGCUGUCACCCUCAAUCCUUCUCGGGGGUCUUAAAUCAGAAUUCCUUCAAAACCUCCAUCUUACUCCCUUGACCUUAAAAUUAUGACAUGUUUAUGUUGCAUAAAGCUGGAGAUCUAAUUAAAAAAAAAAAAAAAGAUGUUUUGGUAUUAUUUUGGCUUCCUUCUAAACUGAUUUAAUUUGCUGUCGUCAAUGACUGACAUUUGAUCUCUGAUCUGAUCCUCCAUCUGUGUGUUAAUGGGAAACCAAAGCUCGCCUAGUGCGAGUGCUGACAUUUACAGAUGAGAAUUUGUUGUGUCUAGUUCUGGAUCACACAGCCUAAGAAAUAUCCUUAGAUAGCAAUGCUGAUAAGUCUUCGAGUCCUGCCUUUGAAAAUGGUAAUACUGCACAGCUGCUGGAGGAAAGAGUUCUGCAAACUGCCCUGAGCCUAAUCCUUUUUGCACCAAUAAUUACCUUGUUAUGUUUUUACAGAGAAAAAUCCAAUGUGUGGUGCCAAUGAGCUACAAGAAGAUCAACUUGCUUCCCUAGCAAAUUAGUUGUGUAUGCUGUUUUGAACAAUUUAAGUAAAAAAUACUUGUUUUUUCAUGUGCAAGUCUCCAUAGGUAUCUUGCUUUAUUCUUUAAUGGGCUUCAAACAAUCGACUGGGAGACCUCAGAAGUUUGUUCUUCCUUCACAGAUCCCUGCUGCCGUUGCUGUAACAUGGCAAGCGGAUUGUAGAAUAAAUCAUUAUUGAGCAGAUAAAACUGGGAUGUGGCUUGUGGAGAGCAGGGGCAAGGGGGCAGGAGGGCAUUUGGUGG